GUGAACGGAAUGCCGAAGUACGUUGGAUCUCUUCAUUUCAUGAAGAACCCAGAUUGCCGUAGAUCUAGCGCAUUUCUGUCAAAUGAAAACUUCAAGUAAAAGUAAUUUCAAUUGUAGUAGUUUAUUCUGUGAACACCAGAAAAAUGACUACUUCGAAGGCCGCUAUAAGCAAUCUGGAAAUGAUACCAAAAAUUAAAUCAAGAAAGAGUUCACCAUCUAUGACGAUAGCACAGUCUGGAAAAUUUGCUUAUCGCUUGUCGCCUGUGGAUGAUGCCAUCUUGAGAUUCAGAUCUACCUGUCAAAAAUACAAAUGGAAGAAAAUGCCCAUUCCCCUAGUAUAUGAUGAAAAGAAACGCAGUUCUUGUGACAACACCGACGAUCCAAAAAUAUGGUUAUCGUUUAAAAAAACCACCCAAGAGGAGUUGUUGGAUACGAUCAUUUUCAAAAAUGAGAAGAUUGAGAACAGCAUAUUUCCUGUACUGAAAGAAUGGCAACAAUUGUAUAAAUCCAUAACUGUUUUAAAGUUCGAAAAUUGUGGCCUAACAGCUGAAAAAAUAGAACUUCUGGCGAACCUAAUCGAGAGUCAACGAUUGGUGCAACAUCUGAGCCUUAACGGAAAUCCAAACAGAGAACAGAACUUUUAUAUUCUGUUGAAGGACACCAAACUCGUAUCACUUUCCUUGAAAUUAUGUGGUAUUAACUUAGAUGGAAUCAGGAUGAUUUGUGAAGAGCUCAGCAAACCUUUAGAUAACCCUUUGCUUCAUCUCAACUUGGCCAGUAACAAUCUUUACGACGAAGGAAUGGAAUACGUGGCAAAGUUUUUGAGAAUCAAUAGGGUGCUUCUAUCCUUGAAUCUAGCUGACAAUAAAAUUAGAAAUAAGGGACUCCAGCUUGUUAUCAACACGUUACAAAAAUUCUGUUUGAAUCAGGAUGAAAUUGUGAUUAGGAGAAGGAUAAAGUUUGAGAAAAUGCGGAAGAAUAUGUUGGAACUUGCUGAAGGAGGUAAAAGUGCUGUAUCGAAGCGAAGUUCAACGAAAACUUCGAAAAAGCCAGCCAAGGAAAAAUCCUCUCACAGUUCACACUCAGUACGAACGACAAACUCUUCGAAUCGUUAUUCGAUAAACGAACCGACAUACCAUCCCUUCAUUCAGGACUCCCAGGAACUGGAGGCCGAAAUCUACUGCAGAGGAAACGACAUUUUGACGAACCUCAACUUAUCAUACAAUCGAAUCAAACAGGAAGGACUACAAAACGUCAUUGACAUGCUGGACUAUCAGAGAAGUAAUUACAGCAAUGAUAAAGGCAUAUCACGUAUUUCGUUGGAAGGAAACAAUGUUAACGGCCUCGUCGAAAUAGAGAAGCUGCUCGCCAAAAAGCCAAAGUACGGCAGUAUCAGCUCCAACAGAAGCCAAAAGACGAAAAGCAGUGGAAAUUAGGUCGUGGAAUCGCCGAUUGAAAUUUGUAGCACGAACAAAGCGAAUCCAAUCAACCCUGCCAAUAAACGAACGUUUGAAUUU